AUAGCCUGCACACAGACACACACACUCACACAUUUAUAUACACACAUUCAUAUACACACAUCUGCCCACAAACAGGUGGACAUAGACACAGACACAGAGAGCUAGAGAGAGAAAGAAUGAGAGACAUAGGGGAAUAGGAGGGUUAACGAGAGGGAGGGAGAGAGGAAGAAAGGGAGGCAUAGAGAGAAAGAGAGAGACAGAGAGAGAGAGAGGCAGAGGGGGUGGAAGGAGCGGGUAAAGAGGAGGGAAGGAGAGAGAAAGAGGAAGAGAGAGCAAGACGGAGAGAGGGAGAGGACAGAGAAAGAGCAAGAGAGAGGGGCAGAAAGAGAGAGAGAGAGAAAGAGAAGGAGGGAGAGGGAAAGACACACAGAGAGAGGGAGAGAGAAACUCCAACUCUCCCCUGAGGGCAGGACGUACCUCUGGAGUGUGUCUUCUGAACAGGCUAUAUAGUCAUGAGUGAGUCAGGCUCCAGUGGCUGCUGCUCGCGGCUGAGGGCCUGCCCCAAGCCCAGAGGACUUCUGGCCACCGCCAUCACCAAAGCGGUGAUGGGGGCCCUGGUGUUCGGCGUGGUGUGGUCCAUCACGGGGCCCGAGUGUCUGCCGGGGAGGAACCUGUUCGGGCUGGUCAUCCUGUUCCUGUGUGCCGUGGGAGGGGGCAAACUAGUGGGCAUGGUGCAGUUCCCCACCCUGCCUCCCCUGCCUCCUCUGCUGGGCAUGCUGUUGGCGGGCCUGGUGCUGCGUAAUGUGCCCUAUGUGUCGGAUGCUGUGUAUAUUGAACAGAGCUGGUCAUCAGCCAUGAGGAACAUCGCCCUGGCCAUUAUACUGACCCGCGCUGGACUCGGACUCAACCCUCAGGCCCUGCGUCGUCUGAAGGGAGUGUGUGUGAGAGUAGCAGUGGGUCCCUGCACUACUGAAGCCUGCACAGUAGCCGUCCUCUCCCACUUCCUGCUGGGUCUACCCUGGAUAUGGGGAUUCAUCCUGGGGUUUGUGUUGGCUGCAGUGUCGCCUGCUGUGGUGGUGCCCUCCAUGCUGCUCCUCCAGAGGGAGGGCUAUGGGGUCCAGAAGGGGGUCCCCACUCUACUCAUGGCUGCCGGCAGCUUCGAUGACAUCCUGGCCAUCACAGGCUUCUCAACGUGCCUUGGGAUGGCCUUUGGAACAGGGUCCACGUGGUUUAACCUCCUGAAGGGUCUGCUGGAGGUGGUGGGCGGGGUGGUGGCCGGACUCAUAAUGGGACUCUUCAUACACCUCUUCCCCAGCGACGACCAGGAUGAGUUGGUCCAGAGGCGUUCCUACAUGCUGGUGGCCCUGUCGGUGUUCUCCGUGUUUGGGAGUCGAGCGGUGGGCUUUGCUGGGGCCGGGGGCCUCUGCACUCUGGUGCUCGCCUUCCUCGCCGGGCUCAGCUGGGGCCCCGCAAAGGCCCCAAUUGCUGCUGUGGUGGGCGUGGCCUGGGAUUUAUUCCAGCCCCUCCUCUUCGGUCUGAUUGGAGCAGAGAUCGUCAUCACCACACUCAAUCCCAGCACAGUGGGUCUGGGUAUAGCAGCGUUGCUGGUGGGCCUGGUGGUACGGGUGUGCGUGACCUACCUGUCGGUCACCUUCGCUGGCUUCACCCUCAAGGAGAAGAUCUUCAUCUCGCUCGCCUGGAUGCCCAAAGCCACCGUGCAGGCAGCCAUUGGCUCCACAGCCCUGGACCUGGCCCGUGAGGAGGGCAAUGUGGAGCUGGAGGGCUAUGGGCUCCAGGUGCUGACCGUGGCUGUGCUGGCCAUCCUCAUCACCGCCCCCAUAGGGGCUGUGGCCAUAGGCCUCACAGGACCACGCCUGCUGCAGAGAUACACCACCAUGCCGGAGGAACAGACAGAGAAGCCAGUGGAGAUGCCUGAAGCAAUGGAUGGAAAAGACAACCCCACCUAUGAGAGCAAACUAUAGAGGAGAGAGAGAGAGAGAGAGAGAGAGAGAGAGAGAGAGAGAGAGAGAGAGAGAGAGAGAGAGAGAGAAAGAGAAAGAGAGAGAGAGAGAAUAUAUUGUACACUUUUUGUUUAUUAAUUCAUAUUUUUACUGAAUUCACUGUACUUUUUGCUGCUAAGCUAUGAGUUGCUUUGAUGAUCAACUAACCAGUACAAACCCAGUGCCGUGACCACAGAGGCCAUUUUUUGCUCAAACUAAUUAAAACAGAGCAAUGUCAUGCACAAAAGACAUAUCAAGAAAGUUUAAAAGCAACUUUUUAUUUAUUAAAAAUGUUCACAUGC